AUCCAUAGGGAGAGGGAUCAAGCACUCAUCCUGCUGUAAAGCCAAAUACUGCCCUUUCUAGUAAAACCAGAACUUGGUAUUCCUCCAAAUAGUGCUGAUGUACAGAGAAUAAUCAUGGAUGGGUUGUUGAUGGACAGCUCCUCUCUACUGCCAAACAGCUCAAGUGGGGCCAGAGUAUUGGAGGAAGGAGAGACAGCUAUAGGUGCCUACCUGCUCCUGCUCGGUUGGCUUUCUUGGUUGGGCAAUGGAGCCGUUAUCUGUCUCAUGUGCAAGCGGCGGCGCUUACUAGAUUCCCAUGACCUUCUCACGUUAAACCUUGCUGUGUCGGAUGCAGGAAUUUCCAUCUUUGGCUACUCCCGAGGGAUUGUGGAGCUGUUCCAUGGUCUGGGCAAAGAUGGAUUCCUGGCCAACAACUUAUGGACAUGCCAAGUUGGUGGUUUUUUAAUCCUACUGUUUGGUCUGAUGAGUAUUAGCACCCUGACAGCAAUCAGUCUUCUGCGAUAUAUAAAGGGAUGCCAGCCACACAAAGCCCACAUGGUAGACCAACGGCAUGUAACCAUGGCAAUCGUUUUCAUAUGGAUUUCAUCUAUUUUUUGGUCUGGAUCCCCAGUACUGGGCUGGGGCAGCUUUACAGAGCGCAAGUAUGGCACGUGUGAGAUAGACUGGGUACAAGCUGCCAGUUCCACUGUCUACAAAUCUUAUGUUAUUGGAGUCUUCAUAUGGGGCUUUGUCCUUCCGGUGUCCAUCAUGGUCUUCUGCUAUGUGUCCAUCAUCAGGACUGUACAUAAAAGCCACAGAAAUUCCAGGGGAGGAGAAAUAAGUCAGCGCCAGUUAACUAUGGAGCGAGACAUCACCCGGGUGUCAUUUGUUAUCUGCACAGCAUUUUUGCUUGCCUGGUCCCCAUAUGCUGUAAUUUCUAUGUGGUCAGCCUGUGGCUACCAGGUCCCAGGCCUCACCGGUGUAGCAGCCACCCUACUUGCCAAAUCUGCUAGUUUUUAUAACCCCAUUAUCUACCUUGGGAUGAGCCCUAAAUUUCGUCAGGAGCUCCGGGCCCUCCUGUGCUGCCUUCGCCAGAGUGGAGAUUCUCCUCAAAGCUUUGAGAAGCCAGUGAUAACCCAUGAACCCAAAAUGAAGCAGUGCAACAGUCCAAGCAACUCUUUGGCAGCAAAGAUGGAACAACCUGUCUUGGGGGCUCAGGGUAUACAGGAGUCUACAUUAAUUAAAGGCGCUGCAGACUCCUUAACUGUAAAUUCUCAGACCUCUGACCCAGUGAAAAAUAUUGACAUUAGCCUGGAUUUUCCCAUGGAAAGCCAUCAAAUAUAGAGGAACAGUUGGCACAAUUUUUUUUAUUCAAUUUCAGAUACACACAGAUGUUCUCAGUCUGAAGCGGAGAUGUUAGGUAGGCCGGCUGCUAGCUCUUUAUGCUUCAUACGCUACAGAUGCACUGUUGCCACUUAAUAUAAGAUGCAGUCGGCUGAAAAGUGAAACAUCAAGCUAACUUCAAGCUCCAAGAUAGGAAGGUCUUUUUACUUCCAGGAAAACAACAAUAUGGGUCUCUGCUGGAAAUAUAUAAACACAAUAAGUCUAUGUACAAUGUAUGAUCUUAAUAAACACACGUCAGGGUUGCAUUAACUUGCCAAUUAUACAGACAUUAGUGUAUAACAGAGGGAGUAAA